AGCUCCAGCACAUGGUCCAUAUUAAAGGAAGGACAAUAUCUCUUUUUGGGUUUCUCUGAAGAUCGGAUCGACUUAACUGCUUUAUUCAAAUAAUUCCAAAUUCUCUUUUGCAGUUGGCUUAUAAAGAGUUUUGUACCAUCCUUUAGCUGCAAGAGAAGUAGAUGAGCCUUUGGGAAAAUGAUAGAUCAUAGAUGUGCAUGUCCUGGCAUUCCAGAAAUACGAAGUAGAUGAAUCUAAAGCGACAAGUUUCAGCUACUCAAAGAUCUGAUGUGCAUAGGAUUACCUGAAACAAAGGCAACAAUAGAUAAGAAGAUGUAUCAUCAAGGCCACAACAACGUCGUUUCUUCUAGGGAAGCAUUUCCUCCAGAGAGGCAUUUGUUAUUGCAACAAUGGGGGAGCAUUCCAGACGAAUCGGGACUAGUGCUAUCAACUGAUGCAAAGCCAAGGUUGAAGUGGAGACCUGAACUCCAUGAUAAAUUCAUAGAAGCAGUUAAUCAACUUGGCGGAGCAGACAAGGCAACACCAAAAGCAGUCAUGAGACUCAUGGGCAUUCCUGGACUGACACUGUAUCACCUAAAAAGCCAUCUUCAGAAGUACAGACUUAGCAAAAAUCUUCAACCUCAAGCAAACAUGGGAAGUACUAAGAAUGUUGUAGGUUGUUACUCUAUGCUUGUUUUGAACAGCCCCGAAAAAAGUAUAUCAAUUGUUUUUUAUUAUGAUUUCUUUGACAAAGAGUACGAACUGCUAGUGAGCAUUGAAGACAUCACACCUUUUUAUGAGUUGGAGCCAAUAUCUACUAAUUGUCUGGUUGCUUACAUGUGGUCGGGCAAUUCUCGAGGCUUGAGUUUUUUUGAUGCAAGAAGUGAACUUUGUUAGGAUGUAGCUUGCCUU